UUGAAAAUAGUUCGUUUGAUUCUCAGCGAUUGAUUUUUAAAAUGAGUGGUAUUAUUCAUGAGAAAUUGCAUUCGGAUUAUUUGGAUUCUAAAGGAUGUUUCGUAGAAAGUCUUCCUAGAGAUCCAAAAGAAAAAGACGAAUACGAACAAAAGUUAAAAGCACUGAGCAAUGAAAUUGUCUACUCGUUAGCCAAAAUGAAAAUGAACGACGAAAGGCCGAAUCCUUUAAUUGAUUUGGAUUCCGCAUCUAAAAAUUAUCGCUUUAAUACAAAACACGAAGACGAAUUGUUGAAAAUUACAGAAAGAUUUAUCAAGUGUUUUCAAAAUUCGUGUCCCAAUCGUGCCGAACCUUUUCUAAUUGUUUUCAACGAAUGUGGCACUAAAAAAUUAAUUACAACAUAUCUUGAACCAGUCUCUUUGCACUAUUACGAAUUAUUUGAAUGGCAAUCAUGUUCUAAAUUUAUAGCAGAUUUCAUGAAAUAUAAAUGUUUAGAAUGCCCAAUACGCACACCAAUAAUUGUUCCGUCUCCCAAAUUUUCUGUUGAAAAACAAGAAGGAAAUAGUUUAGAUCUUAGUAUGAUCUUAUAUUGUCUACUGUCUGCAUCACUUUAUGAUGUUUACAUCGUACAUGGAUAUGCAUCUCUCGAGGUUUGCGAAAUGGAUGAAAGAAACAAAUCUAAUCCUCCUCUGGAUGAAGAUCCAUUUGAUGAUGAUGAGCAGAUACUAAAAGAAACUCCAAAAGAAGUGACAAAAUAUAUACCGAAACCUCCGAUGCAGUUUUAUAGCAAAUAUGAUAAAACAAUGGGCAUAAAACAUGAAACAUGUGAAGAAAACAAUGUGUCAAAUAUGGACGAAGAUAACGCUUGUAAUGAAUCCAAUGAAAAUAACAGCAAUGAUGAUGCCAGCGUUAAAUCUGAAAAAGAAAUUAAAGAUCCAUUUUUCAAUCAGCGUGUACAUUUUUGGAUCUUAGUCAAAGCCGGAAAGAAUGGAAUUACUUGCGAUUUUUUUAUCGAACCAUCAACCGGUGAAAGAAUAAAUUUAAAUUCUCCUGAUUAUAGAUUUGUCGAAGCUGUUUGGAACAGCAGUAAUUUUUGGAUUAACUUAAGAUCUAAGAAACAGAAUGCGUUAUUUGAUUUGAAAAAUGAGAAAUUUUGGAUGAAAGUUUUCCCCAUUAAAUUAAAUACCAGUACAGCAGAAAAUAAUAAAUCUUCAUUAAUUAAUGACCAAAUAGUUAUGCCCGUAUCUUGGACAGAACCCUUUAAUAUAUCUAGCAAAGAUUUUUAUAGAAGAUUUCCUAAUGGAGCAAAAUUAAGAUGUUAUAGUUGUUUAAAAUAUCAGAGAUUCGCACCUUUUUAUUCUGAUGACGGACUUAUAAGUGAAAUUGAUUACUAUUCUGAUAAAGAUUACAAAUCACUGAUAAAAGUUGAAAAAGUUUUUAAAAAUCGAAACGAUAAUAUGAAGAAACAAAUUAUAGAUCGUCAAAAACAGACAAUCCAUGAAUACUUUUUACCAUUUAGAAAGGAUAGUUUAAAAGAACAUAUUUAUAAUGUGGACGACUCGAAGAAACCAGACGAUGAAAGAACAAUGAUUUUCUAUAGUGAUUCAAGAUUAGAUGGUUUAAAUAAAUUAGUUCGAACUACAGAUAAGCUUACAGAAGAAUAUACUGCAAGAGAAGAUAGACUUUGUGAAAGAACUAUCAGAUAUCACAAUGUUAGCAUUUUGCUUCGUCUAGCUGCAAAAGACAAUUCAGACUUUAAAAUUUUAAGUAUCGAAGAAACGUUUUCAAGAAACUACGAUCUUUCUGCCGAUCAAGAUAUUUAUAAGAAAAGAUAUUUAAUAGAAGAUGAGACGUAUCUUUUAAAAUUUCAAACGGCAGAUGAUUGCAUUAGCCAUUCUCUUAUAGACAUAAUAAAACCAAAAGAGAAGAAAAAAGGACAUGGUUUUGUAUUUACUCACGAAAUGUGGUCUGGAUUUCAGGCGUGCACAGGACCAGCCAAUUAUAAGUUAGCAGAUUUAUACCUCUUAGUUGCCAAUUUAAUUGAAAGUGAAGCUCAAGCAAUUGCCUCUUUGCAAAAUGUUAAACAAGAAAUUCAAACCAUUCUGGACAGUCGUGAACAAGAAAAAGCUGCAUUGAAAUUAAAACAUAAUAUAUAUGAAAUGCAAAAAGUAGACAUACUACAAAAAGAAGAAAAGCAGAUUGAAGAAGAAGCUCCAGAAACACAAAAACUGACAAACGAAAUUAGCCUAGAUUACCUAAAACCAUACUUAGCCAAGUUAGGGUAUCCGGAAAUUUUGAAUGAUAGACAAGCCAACAAAGUUUAUAACGAUUGUUUAACAGAUUAUCAAAAGCUUCUAAAUAGCAGAGGCGAAAGAAUAAGAACGCAAUUAAAAAAUGAUAGAACAAUAUUAAAAGAAAAACAAAAUUGGUUCAAGAUUCAUCAAAUCGACUUAAACAAACAAGAGCUAGAAGAGUAUUUACAAUUAAUUAAAAAAAUGAAUUUGGUUAUUAGUGUCAGCGAGAGUAGGUUAAAAUGGCAUACGGAAACAAAAGAAACGAAAAUAAGUAAUCUGAAGAAAAAACUAAAAGACGAUCCAAGAUUGCGAGACCACGUGUAACGGCAAAAAAAUAAUUUAUUUCAAAUUGGAUUAAUAUAAAAAUUUUAAA